AUGGCUACCCCCACAACUUCCGCAUCCCCUGCAUUGCCUCAACCAUACUGCUUUAAUGAUAGUGGUGUUAUUUCCUCGCCUCCAAGAUCGGAUGCGGUGCCUUUUCCAGCCUCCAGCAUCUCACCAGCAGAACUGGCACGGCUUGUGGAGCAGUCCAAUCAAGGCUUUGCCUGUGCUGGCUCACGGUGGCCCUUGAUUUUGGACCUUAGGCCUCACCCAGACUUUUAUCCUGUUUCUAUUCAACAUUCCAUUAACAUUAAUCUCCCUACUUUGCUAAUGAGAAGGUACAGACGUGGAGGCGCCAUCUCAUCGUUUGCACUAGAGUCUUUUAUCACCAUGCCUGCAGACAAAGACGUUUAUGAGCAAAUUCAAGGAAGCUGGCGUGCAGACGAUUUGUCAUCAUCUGAGCCUCACGAUGUUGUUGUGUUGGACCAGGAGAUGAAGGCGGGCGACGAGGCAUACGGUCGAUCUGCGACUGCUGCAUGGACAUUACUGAAUGUGUUGGAGCGUGGUGGAGCAAACAACUGUUUCGGUGAAGUACCAAUACGUCUUUGGUACCUCGAGGGCGGGUUUGAUGCGUUCCAAGCAUGGGAUGCAAGUGAAAAGUAUCUGGUACGCCCGGAAUCGAGCAUGUUCCCAUCCCGUCCAAACCUAAACUACGAGAAUAGCCAAGACGUAGAGAUGAGCUUGGCAGCACCUGCUACAAAGCCUUCACUGUCCAUCGAUACGUCUGUUUCGUUUGCACCGAAGAAACCGCAAGCGCGCCGAGAGAGCUUGUUUUCCCUCAAUACAAAGUCAUUGCAGCGCCCAGCAAGCGCCUUGCAGCCUUUAGUUAUCCCAAAUGCCAACAAUACUCUGACUGAUGAUCAGCAUCAGCAGCAACAGUGUUCAAAGGGAGGCUGGCUCACAGUCCCAACGACUAUCCCAUCUUGUGCUCCUUCACCUACCAUGUCCAUGGUUAGCAACCAUUCGAUGGAGAUGUCACACUCUGCCUCUACAGAACAUAGCGCUGACUGGUCAGCCGGCUCUAGCGCAAUUAAUGGUUCCGGCCACUUUUCACAGUCGAUUCCUGGCUUCAAUCUGACAUUAAACACAAAACGCUCGGUUCCUUCACUGGCAACACUCAACUUGACCGGUAUCCGUGAAGACAAUCAAGAGCAAUCCCAGGCUGAAGGCUUGUCAAGUUCAUUGUCUAUGCCUCGAGGAAGGUGUAUAGAACAGGACGAUGAAGACUUGGAUAAUGGAGAGCAAGAAAUCUCAUGUAUCUUACCAAAUUUUUUGUACCUUGGACCCGAAAUUCUUCACCAGUCGCAAGUGGAUGAAUUGGACCGAUUGGGUGUGAAGCGUGUACUAAAUAUGGCUACUGAAUGCGAGGAUCAACUGGUUGCUAACCGAGAAGGGAUGGAGUAUCACAAGAUUGGGGUCUAUGACCAUAUUGAUGCGGAUGUUAGUGCAGGACUCAUGCAAGCUGUUGAUAUCAUUGCUUCCUCAGCAGACGCGCCUAUUUAUGUACAUUGCAAGGCUGGCAAGUCGCGAUCAGUAACGGCGACUAUUGCCUACCUGAUCACACAGCUGCACUGGCCCCUGAAUAAGGCAUACCAACAUGUUUUGGCUCGUCGUCCAUGCAUGUGUCCCAACAUAGGAUUCGUUACAGAGUUAAUGCGUAUUGAAGAACGGACCCUUGGAGCUGACAAGGCCACUGGAUUAUAUGGAAAAUGA